AUGGCUAAAUCUAAAUGGAAGAAUAGUAAAGACACUUUUAGAAGAGAAUUACAGAAAGAACCGAUAAAUCGUUCCGGGGCCAAAGGUGAUGACAACUUCGAAUGGAAAUCGAAGUGGCCUUUUUUCAAAAUGAUGUUAUUCUGCAGAGAUGUUUUGUUACCAAGUCCUACAUCGGGAAAUCUACCAGAUCUAGAUAAUGAUUUAGAAAAUGACACACAACAAAAUACAAGUUGUACAAGUUGGGCCGACGAUACUGAUGUUGAAGUUGAUGUGAACUCGGAACACGUUGUAUACUCUGAAAGAUCACCAACUACCUUGGACAAUGAACAUUUAGCUAAUAAUAUUUUGAAAAAGAAAAUGAAAAAAUCUCGUAAAAUCGACGAAUCGAAUAUAGACUCGUUUUUGGCUUUGGAACAAAAAAAAAUUAAAAUUUUGGAAAAUGCACAAAAAAAUGAAAAUCAAUUUAACAAUGAUCCAGACUACCAUUUUUUGAUAAGUUUACUUCCAUAUUUUAAGGAUUUGAAUGCUCUAGAAAAAUUAGAAGUAAGGAAUAAUAUUCAAAGCGUAGUAAUUGACGCACAUCGGCGAAAACUUAUGUCUUCUAAUUCAGUUCCAAGUACCAUUUUUACAAAUAAUAUACCAGUUGAAAGUCAAAAUUAUCUUCCACCUAUGCCUUUGAUAACACAAGGAAAUCAAUGCAAAAGUUAUAAUAUUCAAACUUCUACAUUAUCAAGCUCACAAGACAUGCAACGUGAAAAUCAAGACUUCCAACUGACUUCCAAUCAUAUUCAACGCUACUAA